AAUAUAAACCUCGUGAACGCUGGGUUUUCAGUAGUUCUAAUGCUGUUGUUUCCUCUACUAGGAAACCCCAAAUUUUCUGCAUUGCUUGUAUAUUUUUCUCGCGCUUACUACGUUUUAGUUUUCAUUAGUUUUUAUUUUAAUCUGUGAUUUAUUUUAAAGAUGUCGAGCGCUUUAGAUAUGUCUCUGGAUGACAUUAUCAAGAAAAACAAAAAGUCCGGAUCCGGCAACCUCCGCUGCCGCGGUCGAAGAUCUGGCCCUGGACCAGCUCGCCGCUUCUCCAACCUAGGGGCCAAUCGUGCUGCACCAUAUGCCACCACCAAGGCGCCGGAGACAACGUGGCAGCACGAUAUGUUUACAGAUCAGGGGACGGCGUUUCCAGCUCAGCAAGCGAGUAGGGCCUCCGCUAUAGAGACCGAAACGAAGCUUUGCAUAUCUAAUCUGGAAUAUGGUGUCUCUAAUGAGGACAUCAAGGAACUGUUUUCAGAAGUAGGUGACCUGAAGCGGUACUCAGUCCACUAUGAUAGGAUUGGGAGAUCGAAGGGAACGGCAGAAGUAGUCUUUUCGCGACGAGCAGAUGCAAUGGCUGCAGUCAAGAGAUACAACAAUGUUCAACUUGAUGGGAAACCAAUGAAAAUUGAGAUUGUGGGAAUGGACAUCACCACUCCUGCUACCCCUUCAGCUGCUAAUGGAAAUGUCAUAAAUUCUAAAGGAUUUUCUAGAGGUGGACAAGGUAGGGGUGGUGCAUUCAGACGGCCACGUGGAGGAGUUGGUGGUGGUCGUGGAUUUGGAAGAGGUCGUGGACGGGAAAGGGGCCAUAAUGAGAAGAUAUCUGCUGAUGACCUUGAUGCUGAUUUGGACAAGUAUUAUUCAGAAGCAUCAGAAGCUAUGCAGACAAGUUGAACGUCCACCAUGCCUCCAUUACCUAGUGCUGUCUUUCUUCUGUGACUAAGUUAUGAUUGAUGAGUAACAGCCUCAAGUAUUUUGUGUAUCUUCUUACCAAAUCCUACUAUUUAGAUAACAAAGAAAAACACUACUAGAGAGAACUGUUAGGAUGUUUGUGUAGUUUGGGCUUUUCAUGUCAACUGUUCCUUUGACUUGGGUUUAAAAUUUGGGUUAAUGGACAAGUUCAAAGUGUAAUUUACAAUUAUGGUUUUGGUGACAAUAGUUUCUUUUGCCCUUUCUCUUCUA